CAGCAGAACCUGUGUGGCACAGCUGGGACCCUGCACAUUGCCGUAAUGGACCUGUCCUGGGCCACGCAAGAGAGUGAGGCUGUGGCAGAAAAGGUGCUCCGGUACCGGCGGGACGCGUCGGGCUGGAAGAAGUGCCGGGAAGGCAAUGGAGUUUCAAUUUCCUGGAGGCCAUCUGAGGAGUUUCCAGGGAAUCUGUACCGGGGAGAAGGGAUUCUGUGUGGGACACCAGAAGAGGUGUGGGAUUGCGUAAAGCCAGUUGCUGGGGGCCUCCGGGAGAAGUGGGAUGACAAUGUGAGCCGCUUUGAAAUUGUCCAGAGCAUCACGGAUAUGCUGUGUGUGAGCAGAACCUCCACGCCCUCGGCUGCCAUGAAGCUUAUUUCCCCCAGGGACUUUGUGGACUUGGUGCUGGUGAAGAGAUAUGAGGAUGGCACCAUCAACUCCAAUGCUACUCAUGUGGAGCAUCCAUUGUGUCCCCCACAGCCGGGUUUUGUGAGAGGAUUUAACCAUCCAUGUGGGUGCUUCUGUGAACCACUGCCAGGGGAUCCCAACAAAACCAAUCUGGUCACAUUCUUCCAGACAGACUUGAGUGGCUAUCUCCCUCAGAGUGUGGUGGACUCCUUCUUCCCUCGAAGCAUGGCUGACUUCUACCACAACCUUCAGAAGGCAGUGAGGAAGUUCCAUCACUGACAGUCGCCUAUUGGCAAGGAAUGCCUCUGGUCCUUCAAGAACUCCAGCUGUUGAGCCUCAAGGAACACGGAAGAGCUGCUGAGGCCUUUUGAGAUACCAUAGUAAACACCAAAUCUCAGGGUACCAUUCCAGAAGAGCAGCCCAUCCCCCCACACCACCCUCCUGCCUCUUGGGCUUGGUUGUGGAAGGAGCUGUUCAUCAGCUUAAUGUGGUGCACACAUACACCUGGCAGGCCAGGGCAGGUCCCACAAUGGCCACCUGAGAGAUGGCUCAAGUACUCUUUGAUUCUUUGUGGUCCAGAGCCCUGUGUGCUGGUUGCUGUCAGACAUCUUGUCCCUGUGCUGGUCUUAAAGAGUCAUCAUCCAUUGUGGUCGCUAAGUCCUGCUUCCUCUGGCAUCUGGAGUUCCCAGACUCCUGUGUUUCCUUUCUGAUAUGCUUUUGUAUACAAAUUAUUAGCACAAGACUUUUCCCCCUUUACAAAAGUGUCAACUUGGAAAAUGAUGUUUUAAAUCAAAGGAUAAGCCUUAAGGAAAAACACUUUCAAUCUAACUUUUGUGGUAUCUUCCAUCAGAAUCAUCUCUUCCUAUCUGUUUUUUCCUUCAUGGGUUAAGGUUCACAUCCCCCAUGAAACCAGUUUGUAUCUGCCUCAGGCAAGUUUGUAUCUUUGGGAAGGAUUCUGAGUUCUUGUGGUCCCUAUAAGUGACUCUAAGCAGGGCCAGCUGCUCCUGUGCGCAUGCUGGACUCUGGGGAGAAGAGCCUCCUGGCAUAUACCUCACUAUGCCCUAAGUCAUGAUGGUGAGGCAAGGGUGCUGGGCUGUCCUGGCCUCAUCAGGUUUUGCUGCCAUUAGGAAGGAGAGAAGGAUGUCUCUUGGGCUGUGAGACUGUCCACGCCUACUGUAUCUAACACUGACCACUAAGCCUGCCGUUCCUUUAGGAACAAAGGGUGUCUCCUUAGCUUUUCAAAUAAAUUUAGAUUCUUGCUUUCUGUCGUACGGAGAAUGGAAAGAUUUCUGUUGGCUGACAUUGUCUUCAGACACAUGGUGCCCUCAUUGUCCUCAGCUGCCCCUCUUCAGUAGAUUUUAAUAGUUCCCUACUCUUUCUCUCUUUGUUCUUCUCACUGUUGUUGUGGUUGGGGCCGCUCAGAUUUAGUCAAAGGGUUCAUUAGGACACAGUUUCAUUUUGAUGAGGCUUGUUCAGAAUUUCCCACAAUCUGUAUAGAUCUGUCUGAUUUUCUUGCUGCUGUCCUGCUCCCUGGGGUCUGGAUGCUGACUGUUGAUCUCUUUCUGUGAUCUCUUUCUGGUUUUGUCUCCAUAUUAAGCUUACUUACUUGCUAUACCAUUAUUUUGGAUAUGAUCCACUUUGAGGUUUUUGAGACAGACUUUCUCAUUGGCUUUAGACUCACCAAAUAGGCUAGAUUGGAUGACCAGCAAGUUCCAGGGACUAGCAUCUUUCUGCUUCCCCAGGUCUGGAAUUACAUGUUGAAUGCUA